AUCAAACACUAUACCAGCCAGCAGCCACGAACGAGGGAAGACACAGUCCCCAAAGUCCAAUCUCUCUCUCUCUCUCUCUCUCUCAUAUUCAUAACGAACUAUGGCGAUAUUGUUUUUCCUUCCCGCCUCUUCUACAACCCCCAUUUCGUUUAAACCGCGAGAAGGUAGCUCUACAAAACAAAAUCUUGCGAGAACUCAUCAAUGGCGACAAACGAUCUCUGCGUGCUUGACGAGCACAAGCGAAACUACGCUAGCCAAAGACGAUCUUCUAGGGCUGAUUUCAGGCGAAGACAGAGGGCUUAAGACCGAGGGAAACCCUUCGAAGCGGUCGAAGAUCAUCAAAGCAAUCGAUGCCAUGGCGGUUCUCGGGAAGGAUUCAGUUACUACUGGUUCUUCGCUUUCCGCUACAUGGAGGAUGCUUUGGACUACCGAAAAAGAGCAGCUUUUCAUCAUAAAGAAUGCUUACCUCUUCGGGACUCAAACUGGGGAUGUCUUACAGGUCAUAGAUGUAGAGAGAGGUCUGCUGAACAAUGUAAUCACUUUCCCUCCGGAUGGCGUUUUCUUCGUUCGAUCAAACAUCGAAGCUGCUUCGUCUCAAAGAGUGAAUUUCAGAUUUACAAGCGCGGUUCUUAGGGGGAAGAAUUGGGAGUUCCCGUUACCACCGUUUGGGCAGGGAUGGUUUGAAUCUGUCUACCUUGAUGAUGAGAUUCGUGUUGUAAGGGAUAUCCGUGGAGAUUAUUUAGUUGUUGAUCGUGCUCCUUAUCAUUGGAAAGAAUGAAAAGUCUACUGUAUGGGAAUAUGUCUGUUUCUAAUUUUCUGUAAGGUGUACUUGUAAUACAUUUGUGUUUCCUUGAGCUGCUGCGUCCUCCAUGGUCUUGAACGAAAGGCUUGCAUUUAGCAGACUGGAUGAUGAUGAUGAUGAUGAUAUAUAUAUAUAUAUAUAUAUUAUGAAGGAUGUCCAAGGAGGUCAUUUAGUUGUCAAUCUUGCUCCCUUGGAAAGAAUAAAAUGCAAUAAUGUGGUAAUGACCCAUGCUAUUUUCUGAGUUCUGCAAUCCUUUCCGUGUUCUGUAGACUAACAUGCCAGUAAUCUUUGUUACCAUGCCUUGACUGUACAAACUUCAUUCUUCUGAAACUUUCAUCUGUUUUAUCAUUCACAUCUCCUUAAUCUUUGUUUUAAGACAAUAGUAUUAUUCUGAAUUAAUUUUGUGAUAUUAUUCUUGGAUAACUAAGUUGGCUUGUGACUUUUAUCAACCCUUGACAAUUUUAUCUGGCCUCACCAGGAAUUAUCUCUUUGUACACAAAUAUAUAACAGGAGGCAAAGGUUUAAUUAAUUUAAGUCUCGGUGCUAAAAUGUGAAAGUUCACCAACUUGGCUGUUAAUAUUCUUGAUAUUCCCUGGAGAUGGAACUCAAGUUUUCAUAGAUAUAUUCAGCAUAUCAGAUAACCAAAUUUAAAAGAAGUUUUCUCCUCUUUUCUUUUCAUUUAUUUUUUAUCAACUAGUUACCAAUUUCCUGCAGAUCUUUAGUGAUUUUACAUAAAUGAUAUAUUUACAAGAUACUUAUCAUUAAAAAAAAAAGAAAAUACAAGAUGCCCAUAGUCCUUGUCAAGCAAGUUGUAAAGGGUGUCCCUCUUUAGUGGGCAGGAUGAGACUUUGAGUCCACUACCACCUACCCACUGCAAUAUACUGGUUGCAGGCUACCUGAAACACCUAAUGACCAACCGAAAAAAGAAAAGAAUGCUGCUGCUUAUUUCAUUCCCUUGGAUGCAGACUGCCACAUGCAGUAGCUUAUCAGUAUGCUCUCGCCUGAUGAACAAGGACUCCAUAAUAUCACCGUGGACAUCUCAUGACAGACCAACAAUCCUUUUGUAGAUUAUACCAUAUAUGCUGUUAACUUAAGCUCAUUGUAUCUAGAUACUUUAUUUAUAUUACUUUUUAUAGGUAAACUAUUUAUAUUAAUUCCAUGUUACCUAUGUGAGCUAAGAUUACCGAGGGUUCCUCUGGAUCUGUUAAAUUUUGCAAUGUUUUUGUUAGGCUUGUAUAGAGGGAGAUUUGCUUUUCCAUAUAUUUAGUUGAAAAUGAAUGUUUAUAUAGUUCUAUA